GUGGACAUAACGCUGCAGACGACGACGACGGAGAACGGCGCGGUGAAGGCGAUGGUGUUCAGCACGACGGCGCCGGUGGACGUGCUCGAGGUCGAACGGCUGUGCGCGUGCGCGGGCUGGCCGGAUAGACCGCGAGCGAAGUUGAAGCGCGCGCUCGAAAAUUCGUUCAUGGUGGCGACGCUGUACGAGUGCGACGUGGACGCGAGCACGGGGAACGUCGGAGAGACGUCGCGAGGACGGUUGGUGGGGUGCGCGCGAGCGACGAGCGACCACGUGUUCAACUCUACGCUGUGGGACAUCAUCGUCGACCCGGAAUAUCAGGGCAAGGGUCUGGGGAAAGCGUUAGUGCAGCAGAUGAUUCGUUCGCUCUUGGCGCGCGACGUGGCGAACGUGACGCUUUUCGCCGAUCAAGACGUGAUUCCGUUUUAUCGCGCGCUCGGAUUCGUGCAAGACCCGGAGGGGAUCAAGGGCAUGUUUUUGUACCCCGAAUAG